AUGCCGAAGCCUCAGAAAGGAAAAGGAAAGGCUCCGGAGAAGGUUUGUCACCCGUACAGCCGGAAAGCUACUUACCUGGCACAAAAAGAAAUCAGACUGAAAAAGGAAGAGAGACAGAAUAAGGACAAAGCAACACGUCUGAGCUGCAUCAGUGAGAAGCUGUUGUGGUUUCAGGAACAUUUGGAUCCAGAAAAGACGGCGUUCACCAAAAAGGAUGCCUGUGACGUCGUUGAUAGGUUUGAACCUGAACUUGAGCAGAUUGAGCUGAUGAACGGCAUCAAAGGUCGACAGGGUCGUCUCCAUGGCGUCAGGGAAGCUGUCGUCAAACAGACCAUGGAGCGAGAGCGGAAGCAGUAUGAGGUCGGGUUUGAGAUCCCAAACAUCAUAAAUGCAAAAAAUCUGAAAACAUUCACGGAGUGGACUAGUGACCUGAAGAAACCUCCGAAUAACCAAUAA